AUGAAGUCAGAAAAGGAAUCAAUCAGACAGUGUUUUCUCUUUUCCAACCAUCUUAUUUUAGCAACAAGAACAUCUGGAGGACGAUUACAUCUUGUUCCAGAGAUAGGGAAAGUUCCACUCGCUGACGCCACGCUCAUCGAAGAUCCAUCAGAAAAUGGUUUGAAUGACGAUGAUGAAGGUUUAUCUAACGAGUUCGGAGGACGAGAUUUUAAAAUUGUCCUGGAAGGAAAGAGUACUUCGAUGGGACAUCCGAUGUCUAUCUUUUUAAUAGCACCAACGAUACAGGAGAAAGCUGCUUGGAUAUCAGAUAUCAGUCAGUGCAUGGAUAAUGUCCAUUUUAAUGACCUAUUACAUAGUUCUAUGUCUGACACUUCAUCGGUUACCAUGCCCCAGUCAAUUAAAAACGAUCCUAAACUCUUUAAAGAUGAUGUCGACAUUAGAUUUAGCCGUACUCUCAAUUCCUGUAAGGUUCCUCAGAUUCGCUAUGCUACUCCAGAACGCCUCUUAGAACGAUUAACCGACCUUCGCUUUUUAUCGAUAGAUUUCCUCAAUACAUUCCUCCUUACCUACAGAGUAUUUACUGACGGUGUAACUGUGAUUGAAGCUCUUAAGAAAGUUUUCUAUAAUGCUGACCCUCCUGAUCUUCAAGCCACUGAUCAGUUCAUCACUAUAGAAGGAAGAGAUGACAUGCUUUCGGCUCUUCAUCUUUUUGAUCCUGAAAGAAGAAGAAGCUCUGCAACGCCAAGAAGAACAUCUGGGGCCAGUUCUGUUACUGUUCUGAAGCAAGUGACAGGGAUCGUAGCCAUAGUUACGAUUCACAAGGAUUUCCUAGAAGUCACUGGCGAGGAAGUUACAGAAAAUGUGUAUGAAGAAGAACACAUGGGCCUAAUAAAAGAAACCGGAUCAAAAGACGCUGGAAUAAAAUUGGAAAUUAGAAGAAAGGUUAGUAUAAGAGUUGAUCAGCCUGAUCCUGCACAUCUGGCUAUUCCUGAGGCUAUUGCUGGUUCAUCAAGUGCAGAAACUUUAACAGCUGAAACAAAUACAGUAGUUAGCGCUUCUUCAUCUCCUAGUAAUGUUAGUACUACAACACUUGUUGAAUCUGAGAUGCCUCAUACUGAAACGAUUACGCAGCAAGCAAUGAGUCAGCACCCCGUAAUUUGUUCUAGUCAACAACAAUCUACACAAUAUACUGAUCUUCCACUUCCGUCUGAGAGAAAAAGUUGGGAAGGAGGUGGAGGAGGAGGAAGACUUCCUCCAGCGAGUAGUGAUGAUUGGGAUGAAGAGGGUGUGAGUGCUGUGAGCUCACGUUCUGCAUCUAUUGUCAGUUCAACAGCUCAGGGCUACUAUAAUGGUCGGCGAUCGACAGCCGGUCUUGAAGGCGAAGGAGGGACUCCACGACCCAGCUUCCAGCACGAAUCCCCCCAGAACUCAAGUAAAGCCGGUGUCGUCAUCACCUCUUUUCGACAAUCUCAGAGGAGGUAA